AUGGUUGAGAGAGGGGCCAGGUCGUGGUUCUAUGACUGUGAGUCCGCGACACAGAGAGAGAAGGAGAAGAGGAGCAGGCAGCUCGCGGAAAUACCCGUGACUUAUAAAGAGAAGAUACUGAGGGAGUUCGAUGUGAGCCGGGUGCUCCUGCCCUUGGUAUGUGAGGGCGUGUUCUCCCUGAGGGAGUACCAGGAGGUCGUGUCUUGGGGCUGCUCUGGGAAGAGAGUGGAGUCUUUUCUUCUGAAGCUUUGCUCCAAAGGUCCAAGGGCUUUCUGUGCGUUUUGCUCUCAUCUGGAGGAAUUCUGCCCUUACCUGCUCACCUGCCUUUUUCUUUAUUACCAAGAACAAACACACAGGCUCUUACGAGAUGUGUCCACUGCAGAAGAAAAAGCGAGUGUUGGCCCUCUGCCCGAACCUAGCGGUGCCCUUAGGGCUGAAGGUCAAGAACAAAGUCUUCAAUUAUUUAACAAGGUGACGCCAUCCUCUGAAAACCCUAACGGUGCUACUGCUAGUGCCAGCCAAGGCAAGCCUUCCCUGAGGCGCAUCAAAGGGAGGCUGCACCGGAGCAAGAGCCUCGACAGCAUCGAUUUCUGCGAACUCACUAGCACAGCAAUGGAGGAAACAGCUAUAUGGGAACAACACACGGUGACGCUUCACAGGGCUCCUGGAUUCGGGUUUGGAAUUGCAAUAUCUGGUGGAAGAGAUAACCCCCAUUUCCAGAGUGGGGAAACCUCAAUCGUCAUAUCGGACGUGCUGAAGGGGGGCCCCGCGGAGGGACAGCUACAGGAAAAUGACCGUGUUGCAAUGGUUAAUGGAGUUUCAAUGGAUAAUGUUGAACAUGCUUUUGCUGUUCAGCAACUAAGGAAGAGUGGGAAGAAUGCAAAAAUCACCAUUCGAAGGAAGAAGAAAGUCCAGAUCCCUGUCAGUCGCCCUGACCCUGAGCCAGCAUCCGAGAAUGAAGAAGACAGUUACGAUGAGGAAGCGCACGACCCGCGCAGUGGCCGUGGGGGGCUGGGCAACCGAAGGAGCGAGAAGAGCUGGGCGAGGGACAGGAGUGCAAGUAGAGAGAGGAGCCUGUCUCCGCGGUCCGACAGGCGAUCCGUGGCCUCCAGUCAGCCCGCCAGGCCCACCAAGGUCACGCUGGUGAAGUCCCGGAAGAAUGAAGAAUAUGGUCUUCGAUUGGCCAGCCAUAUAUUUGUAAAGGAAAUUUCACAAGAUAGUUUGGCAGCAAGAGAUGGCAAUAUUCAAGAAGGCGACGUCGUACUGAAGAUAAAUGGUACUGUGACGGAGAACAUGUCACUGACAGAUGCAAAGACGUUGAUAGAAAGGUCUAAAGGCAAGUUAAAAAUGGUCGUUCAGAGAGAUGAACGGGCUACGCUGCUGAACGUCCCUGAUCUGACCGACAGCAUCCACUCUGCCAACGCCUCGGAGAGAGACGAUAUUUCAGAAAUUCAGUCACUGGCGUCAGAUCAUUCUGGUCGAUCGCAUGACAGGCCUCCUCGCCACAGCCGGUCCCGAUCUCCUGACCAGCGGUCGGAGCCGUCAGACCAUUCCAGGCAUUCUCCGCAGCAGCCCAGCAACGGCAGCCUCCGGAGCAGGGAGGAAGAAAGGGUUUCUAAGCCCGGGGCUGCCUCGGCUCCUGUCAAGCACGCGGAUGGCCAUGCGCCCAAGGCAGGGGAGGAAGCUGUAGCUGAGAGAAAUGAGAAGCCGGCGCCCACUCUUCCAGAACCAAAGCCUGUGUAUGCUCAAGUUGGACAGCCAGACGUGGAUUUGCCUGUCAGUCCGUCUGAUGGCGUCCUACCUAAUUCAACGCAUGAGGAUGGGAUCCUUCGGCCCAGCAUGAAAUUGGUAAAAUUCAGAAAAGGAGAUAGUGUGGGUUUGCGGCUGGCCGGUGGAAAUGAUGUCGGAAUAUUUGUAGCUGGCGUUCUAGAAGACAGCCCUGCGGCCAAAGAAGGCUUAGAGGAGGGUGACCAAAUUCUCAGGGUAAACAAUGUCGACUUCACAAAUAUCAUAAGAGAGGAAGCCGUCCUCUUCCUGCUCGACCUCCCGAAGGGAGAGGAAGUGACCAUCCUGGCCCAGAAGAAGAGAGACGUUUAUCGUCGCAUCGUAGAAUCGGAUGUAGGAGACUCUUUCUAUAUUAGAACCCACUUUGAGUAUGAGAAGGAAUCUCCCUAUGGACUUAGUUUUAACAAAGGAGAGGUGUUCCGUGUCGUGGAUACCUUGUACAAUGGGAAACUGGGUUCGUGGCUUGCUAUUCGAAUUGGCAAAAAUCACAAGGAGGUAGAACGAGGCAUCAUCCCUAACAAGAACAGAGCCGAGCAGUUAGCCAGUGUACAGUACACGCUUCCAAAAACCGCAGGCGGAGACCGCGCCGACUUCUGGAGGUUCCGUGGCCUCCGCAGCUCCAAGAGGAAUCUUCGGAAGAGCAGAGAGGAUUUGUCAGCUCAGCCAGUUCAAACGAAGUUCCCAGCAUAUGAAAGGGUUGUUCUUCGAGAAGCUGGAUUUCUGAGGCCUGUAACCAUCUUCGGACCAAUAGCUGAUGUUGCCAGAGAAAAGCUGGCGAGAGAAGAACCCGAUAUUUAUCAGAUUGCAAAAAGUGAACCACGAGAUGCCGGAACUGACCAGCGUAGCUCGGGUAUUAUUCGCCUUCAUACAAUAAAGCAAAUAAUAGAUCAAGACAAACAUGCGUUGUUAGAUGUAACACCAAAUGCAGUUGAUCGUCUGAAUUACGCCCAGUGGUACCCAAUUGUGGUAUUCCUUAACCCCGAUUCUAAGCAAGGUGUGAAAACAAUGAGAAUGAGGUUAUGUCCAGAGUCUCGGAAAAGUGCCAGGAAAUUAUAUGAGCGGUCUCAUAAACUGCGUAAAAAUAAUCACCAUCUUUUUACAACUACUAUCAACUUAAAUUCGAUGAAUGAUGGUUGGUAUGGUGCAUUGAAGGAAGCAAUUCAACAACAGCAGAACCAGUUGGUGUGGGUUUCUGAGGGAAAGGCGGAUGGCGCUACAAGUGAUGACCUUGAUUUGCAUGAUGAUCGUCUGUCCUACCUGUCAGCCCCAGGCAGUGAAUACUCAAUGUAUAGCACGGACAGUAGACACACUUCUGACUAUGAAGACACAGACACAGAAGGCGGGGCCUACACUGAUCAAGAACUAGAUGAAACCCUUAACGAUGAGGUGGGGACUCCCCCGGAGUCUGCCAUUACCCGGUCCUCUGAGCCUGUAAGAGAGGACUCCUCGGGAAUGCACCACGAAAGCCAAACAUACCCUCCUUACUCACCACAAGCGCAGCCACAGCCCAUCCAUAGAAUAGACUCCCCCGGAUUUAAAACAGCCUCUCACCAGAAAGCAGAAGCGUCAUCUCCAGUCCCUUACCUUUCGCCUGAAACAAACCCAGCACCAUCAACCUCUGCCGUUAAUCCUAACGUAAAAUUAACUCAUGUCAGACUGGAGGAGCCCGCCCCCGCUCCCCCCGCCUCGCACUCACCGCACGCCGGCUCUCUGAGAACGCCGAGCGCCGAGGCGGCUCGCGCAGUGCUAAGGGACCCGGGAGCCGCCCCACCGCCGCACGCAGACCCACCACAGGUGUACAGAAAGGACCCCUAUCCAGAGGAAGCGAUAAGGCAGAACCACGUCCUGAAGCAGCCAGCGGUUGGUCACCCGGGCCAGCGGCCAGACAAGGAGCCUCACUUGAGCUACGAGCCGCAACCCCAGUACAUAGAGAAACAGGCGAGCAGAGACCUCGAGCAGCCCACAUACAGAUACGACUCCUCAAGCUACGCAGACCAGUUUCCUCGGAACUUUGACCAUCGUCUGCGCUUCGAAGAGCGCGUCCCUACGUAUGAAGAGCACUGGUCAUACUAUGACGAGAAACAGCCCUACCAGCCUCGGCCUUCUUUUGAUAAUCAGCACCCUCGAGACCUGGACUCCAGGCAGCACCCUGAGGAGUCCUCAGAACGAGGGUAUUUCCCACGGUUUGAAGAGCCAGGUCCUCUGUCCUAUGACAACAGGCCACGCUAUGACCAGCCCCCGCGCACCUCCACUCUGCGGCUUGAGGAGCCAGCAGCUCUCGGGUAUGACAUGCAUGGCAGAUACAGGCCAGAGGCGCAGCCCUACCCUCCGGCAGGCCCUAAGGCACCUGAGCCCAAGCAGUAUUAUGACCAGUACCCCCGGAGUUAUGAGCAAGUCCCAUCACAGGCAUUCACCUCCAAAGCAGGCCAUUACGAGGCGCUCCAUGGCGCCGCGGGGGUCCCCCCUCCGAUGCCUGCGGCUCAGCACAAGCCGGAGGUGCCGCCGUCCACUGCCAAACCGCUGCCUCCGCCCCCAGCUCUGACCGAAGAAGAGGAAGACCCGGCCAUGAAGCCCCAGUCUGUUCUUACCAGGGUUAAAAUGUUCGAAAACAAAAGAUCCCAAUCCCUGGAGAACAGGAAGGAUGAAAACCACACGGCCACCUUUAAGCCUCCAGAGGCAGCCUCUAAACCUCCCGGGGCUUCCAUUCUCGGCCCUAAAGCCACUGCUCAGAGCCAGUUCAGUGACCACGACAAGACGCUGUACAGGAUCCCAGAACCUCAAAAACCUCAGCCGAAGCCCCCUGAAGAUAUUGUUCGGUCAAAUCAUUAUGAUCCCGAGGAAGAUGAAGAAUAUUAUCGAAAACAGCUCUCCUACUUUGAUCGGAGAAGCUUUGACAGCAAGCCUCCGGCGCACCUCCCUGCCGGCCACCUCUCAGAGCCGGCCAAGCCGGUUCCUCCUCCGCAUCAGCCAAACCUGUCUAGUUAUCCUUUGAAGGGCAAGUCUGCCGAGGCAGAUGCUGUGGAUAGACCCUUCAGUGAAAAGCGCUACGACCCCGGCCAGGCCACGCCCCCGCCGCCCCCGCUGCCCUCGCAGUACUCGCAGCCUCCCCAGCCGGCCACCAGCGCCUUGCUCCACACGCACGCCAAGGGUGCCCAUGGGGAAGGUAAUUUAGUGUCAUUGGAUUUUCAGAAUUCUUUAGUGUCCAAACCAGAGCCACCUCCAUCUCAGAAUAAGCCAGCAACUUUCAGACAACCGACCCGAGAGGAUCCCGCUCAGUCCACUUUCUACCCCCAGAAAAAUUUCCCAGAGAAAGCGCCGGUGAAUGGAACCGAACAGACUCAGAAAACAGUUGCCGCAACAUACAACCGAUUCACCCCAAAACCAUACACAAGCUCUGCGCGGCCAUUUGAGCGCAAGUUUGAAAGUCCUAAAUUCAGUCACAACCUUCUGCCAAGUGAAACUGCGCACAAGCCUGACUUGUCUUCAAAAGUCCCUACUUCUCCAAAAAUCCUCGUGAAAGCACACAGCUCAGCGCAGCCUCCGGAGUUCGACAGUGGAGUCGAGACGUUCUCCCUCCACGCCGAUAAACCUAAGUAUCAGAUGAAUAAUAUCAUCAGCUCGGUGCCGAAAGCUGUUCCUGUGAGCCCUUCAGCGGUGGAAGAAGAUGAUGACGAGGACGGCCACACGGUGGUGGCCACAGCUCGAGGCGUGUUCAACAGCAACGGCGGGGUACUGAGCUCCAUAGAGACUGGCGUUAGCAUAAUCAUCCCGCAGGGAGCCAUUCCGGAGGGAGUGGAGCAGGAGAUCUAUUUCAAGGUCUGCCGGGACAACAGCAUCCUGCCGCCUCUAGAUAAGGAGAAAGGUGAGACCCUGCUGAGCCCGUUGGUGAUGUGUGGGCCCCACGGCCUCAAGUUCCUGAAGCCUGUGGAGCUGCGCCUGCCACACUGUGCGUCCAUGACUCCUGACGGUUGGUCUUUUGCUCUAAAAUCAUCCGACUCCUCGUCGGGUGACCCUAAAACCUGGCAAAACAAGUGUCUUCCUGGAGACCCAAAUUACCUUGUUGGAGCAAACUGUGUCUCUGUCCUGAUUGACCACUUUUAAUUCUUAAACUUAUAGGAACUUGAUGAAAUAAUGUGAACCUGGGUUAAACUUACUAAAUCUAAAUGGAACCACUGUAUCAAGUAUUCUACUUUCCUUAGACCCGCACCUGCAGUUUGUUAGCAUUAAGCGUUUUGUCUGAACCGAGGACGAUGGGGGGCACUCCUGAGCCGUGGGCCGGACAGCGCGCCGCCAGCUGCGUGUUUGUGCCGGAAGGACUGUGGGCACGGGCACGAGGUUCAAAGGCGUUUUGCUUUGUAAUGAUUCUUGUACUUUUUACGGUCACUGCUUAACUUCACAUAAUGAUUUCCGUUAAAAUACCAGCCAGGAAAGGGGGUGCAUUUGAGUUCUGUUUUUUCCAAAGUACACUGCUUCCCACUUCAUCGUGGCCCUGGCCUGGCGGACACACUCUAUUUUAUUAUGCAUGAGGUAAUAUGCACACAUUUUUAAAAGCACCUGGAAUAUAUAACCAGUGUAGUGGAUUUAACAGAAAUGUACAGCAGGGGGAUUUAUAGCUUUGGGGUGGGGUGGGGGGGUCAAGUGAAGACAAUUACUGAUUGUACGUGAAAACACAUUUUUCCUAGGGAAGGACACCAAAGCAUGGGACUGACUCCGUGGCCUCUCUGGAUCUCUAUAAAUUAACCGUAUCACCAGACAUACUAACCAGCAGGAAUGCCUUACCCUCCUGUUUUUAAUUCUUAAGUCGUUCUCUUUAUGUAUUACUAAGUUUUUAUGGCUUUUGUGCGUAUCCAGAUACCGAAUCAUGAAACAGGUUGAGCAAAUUGUGGAUUUGAUGGUUUCAGAAAUGUGUGAUCACCCAGACGAAAAUAAUGGUGUGAUUUAGGAAUUUUUUUUUUUUCUUUUGGCAAGGGGCAGUUGUGGUUUUGGUUUUUCUUUUUUGUUUUUGUUUUUGUUUUUGUUUUUUUUGGCUACGCAUUGGAACAUUUUGAUGUUUUAAGGAUGCUUGUACAUAAUGCGUGCAUACCACUUUUGUUCUUGGUUUGUAAAUUAACUUUUAUAAACUCUACCCUUUUUAUACAUAAACAAAACCAAGUUUCUUAAGGCUACCUUUGUAUUCUCUCCUGUACCUCUUGAGCCUUGAACUUUGACCUCUGCAGCAAUAAAGCAGCAUUUUUAUGACACACACAAGGUCAUUUUUUUAAGAAAAAGAAUGCACAGAGUUGUUACAUUUUUAAGUGCUGCAUUUAAAAGAUACAGCUACUCAGAAUUCUCUAGUUUGAUUAAAUUCUUGCAAAAUAUCCCUACUGUAAUUUGUGAUACAAUGCUGUGCCCGAAAGUGUAUUUUUUUACUAAUAGACAAUUUAUUAUGGCACAUCAGCACGACUUCUGUUUGGAUACUACACCACUACAUUCUGUUAAUCAUUAGGUGUGACUGAAUUUCUUUUGCGGUUAUUAAAAAAAAAAAAUCUCAAAUUUCUAAAU